UCUGCAAAAGGGGAUGGCGUGAUUACGGGAUUUGGUAAAAUUCGCGGGCAACCUGUCUUUAUAUACUCACAAGAUUUUACCAUUUCAGGUGGCAGCGUAGAUAAAGUUAAUUCACGAAAAAUAUGCAAAAUUAUGGAUCUUGCGCUCAAGGCAGGGGCUCCUAUUAUAGGCAUAAAUGAUUCGGGGGGAGCUAAAAUACAAGAUGGUGUUAACGCACUAGCUGGAUACGGUACUAUAUUUCAACGCAAUGUAAAUAGUUCAGGGAUUAUCCCUCAAAUAUCAUUGAUAAUGGGCCCAUGUGCUGGAGGAGCUGUGUACUCUCCAGCGCUCACCGAUUUUGUAUUCAUGGUAAAGCAAUCUUCAUAUAUGUUCGUUACUGGUCCGAAUAUAGUCAAAAAAGUACUAUACGAAGAUAUUACAAAAGAGAAGCUAGGUGGCUCGACAGUGCAUGCUGAAAAAAGUGGCGUUGCCGAUUUAACAUUUAUAAACGACAUAGAAAUAUUACGCUAUACAAGGCAAUUCAUAGGACUCUUGCCUUCAAAUAAUACAGAUAUGAAGCGAGCAGUGAAGUCGGAAGACCCUCUUUAUUGGGACCCAUCUUCCAUCGAGCAAAUCUUACCUCGCGAUUCAAACCUUCCUUAUGACAUCAGGCACCUGCUUAAUAAAAUUAUAGACGCUAGUGUGUUUUUUGAAAUACAACCAAAUUUUGCAAAGAAUAUUGUUGUCGGAUUUGCUAGAAUAUAUGGACAAACUAUAGGAAUUGUGGCGAAUCAACCUUUGCAUCUUUCGGGUUGCCUUGACAUAGAUGCAUCAUCCAAAGCAGCAAAGUUCAUAAGAUUUUGUGAUUCUUUCAGAAUACCUUUAAUAACAUUUGUAGAUGUACCUGGAUUUUUACCAGGAAGGGAACAAGAAUACAUGGGAGUAAUAAAACAUGGUGCAAAGCUGCUUUAUGCAUAUUCUGAAGCAACUACACCGAAAAUCACCAUAAUUACCAGAAAAGCUUAUGGUGGAGCCUAUAUAGUGAUGAAUUCAAAACACUUGCUCGCUGAUUUUAAUUACGCUUGGGAAACAGCAGAAAUUGCUGUUAUGGGAGCAGAAGGAGCAGUAGAGAUUAUACAUAGAAAGCAACAAUACAAUCCAGAGGAACUAAAUCAUUUGGUGGAUGAAUAUAAACAACGGCACCUCAAUCCUUAUACAGCAGCUUCUAAAGGAUUCAUUGAUGCUGUCAUAUCACCUAAAGAAACUAGAAAUAAGAUAAAAGAAGCUCUUGAUGUUCUCAAACAUAAAAACACAGAGCGAUCUUCUUUGCAUCAUAAUAUUCCGUUAUAA